AUGAGAGUUAUUGCGGCUGCUGAUGAUUCGGGAUCCAUAAAAGAGGUCAUUUGCUCCAGAGGAACAGACACUUCUGUGCAAAAGGCCACACAGCCCCAAUCUGUAGCCACUUUUGCCGAAAGCUCGAGGAAAGAAAGGAUAUUACAGAUGUGCAGAGAUGACACCCAAAUAUAUGCAAUGAGAGCCAAUGGAGACUUGUGUAUCUACGCGAUUGACACAUUGGAGGAGGUGAAGAGACUCAAGGGCUUGGGCAAGGGCAAUUCCAUAUCUCUGUUUGUCGGUCUAGAUGGUUAUUGUUAUACUUGCACCGAUAAAGGAGAGGUCUCUGUUGCUGAUCCAGAAAACAUUUCCAAAGAACCAGUGAGGUUUCAGAUCAAAGGUGAUAUCAGCUCGUUCGUUAUGAACCAGUAUCGUGAGGGAGUGUUUGCAUUUGGAGGCAAAGAGACGGAUCUACAAGUGAUUAAGCUGCAUGAGCCCAAAGAAGACAUAUUCAAGAAUCUGAAAAUCUCUGUGGUUUUCAAGGCUAAAAAUCUGAAGAACGAUCACCUGGAUCUGAGACAGCCCGUCUGGCCCACUUGCAUAUCGUUCCUGGAGUCGCCAAAGGAUAUCGUUAGAGUGGUUCUGACCACAAGAUAUGGCCAAGUCAGGACAUAUGACUCUGAGAAGGGAAGAAAACCGGUAAUCAACCAUAAACUCAGUGAGCAUCCGUUGAUCACCAUGAAUGUGUUGAAUUCAAGCGAAAUCGUAUGUUCUGAUACGCAUGUCACCACAUCCAAGUUCGAUUUUAUUCGAGGAAAAUUGCUUGGAAAAUACGCUGGUGCAGUUGGUUCCAUCCAAUCAAUAUACAACUAUGAAGACUCGCUACUGUGUACUGGUGGUUUGGACAGAUACGUGCGUGUGUUUGAUCUGGAUUCUAGAGAACAAGUUGCAAAGGUCUACGUUGGGACACAGAUAAGCUCGGUCAUCCUAUUAGAAGACGACGAAGACGAUGAUGAUGAGCCCAGCCUGGAUCCAGAAUCCAAGAGAAAGCUGAACGAUGAUGAGAAUGACGAGUUAUGGGAGCAAUUGGAGAAGAAGAAGUCAAAGAAAUCAAAGGGCAAAACAGUGGUUUAG